UGUCCUUUUAACUAUAAUCUUCUUCUGUUCUGUCAAACUCUUGCACUUGAGGCCAUUCAAUUAAAUUUGUAAGAUGGGAAGCUUCUUUUUACUAAUUAACCGUUUUCUUCAAGCCUUAAUGAUCAUCGUCCUUCCUUGUUUCUUCACCAGUGUAAUUUGCACAAAUUUUGAAAGCCCAUCACAAUUAUCUUCCUUACUCCCCCCAUUACCUCCACUACCACUAAUCCCCUCAUUACCUCCAAUUAUCCCUGAGCUUUUGAACUUCACAGACCAAAGACUAGCUCUGGUGUACCCUAUAAUAAACGCCUUCAAGAACAUCAUCACUUCAGACCCUUUAGGCAUCACUCAAACCUGGGUUGGCUCGGAUAUAUGCUCCUACAAGGGCUUCUACUGUGAUAAACCACCAGACAAUCAAAGCGCCGUUGCUCUAGCCUCCAUCGAUUUCAAUGGCUUCCAACUCAGUGCUCCCAGUAUCGACGGCUUCAUCGACCAACUUCCUGACCUUGCACUCUUCCAUGCAAACUCUAACAACUUUUCAGGUAUCAUUUCUCCAAAAAUUGCAAAUCUCAAAUAUCUGUACGAGCUUGACAUAAGCAACAACAACUUCUUUGGCCCUUUCCCCACGGCUCUUCUCACCAUGAAUAGCCUAUCAUUUUUGGACAUUCGUUUCAACUCUUUUACUGGGUCUGUACCACCACAAAUUUUCAAGAAAACCCUAGACGUCCUCUUCAUUAACAACAACAAAUUCACACUAAAACUUCCAGACAACCUUGGAGCUACACCAGCCCGUUAUCUCACUUUAGCCAACAACAAUUUCACCGGGCCAAUCCCAAAAAGCAUUGGCAGCGCUUCAUCAACUUUGAUAGAAGCUCUACUCAUGAACAAUUUGAUAACGGGUUGCGUCCCUUAUGAACUAGGGUUUCUAAAAGAUGCAACACUCUUUGAUGCUGGAAACAACCAAUUGACAGGGCCAUUGCCGUGUUCAUUGGGAUGCUUGGAGAAGAUUGAGCAGCUUAAUUUCGCCGGAAACUUCCUCUAUGGAAAGGUGCCGGAGGUGGUGUGUGAAUUAGGGAACUUGGCCAAUUUAUCGUUGUCUAACAACUAUUUUACGAUGGUUGGGCCAAUUUGUAGGAAGCUGAUUAAAAGUGGGGUUCUUGACUUGAGGAAGAACUGCAUUCGUGAUCUUGCAGAUCAAAGAUCAGUGGAGGAAUAUGCCUCGUUUUCCUUGCACCCUAGAAGUUGCCAGCAUCCGGAGAGCUUUAGUUUCAUGCCUUGUAAGGUUCCCCCAAAAUAGAAGGGACAUUUGGAUUCUUAUGCUGCUCGUUCGCGGCACAGAUUAAUGUGAGGACUUGCUAUAGGGUUAUAGCUGGUCAGGGUAUAGAUCAUAAAUAAUGUAGUAGGGAUCGAUACGAGAAUACUUGUUAAUGUUAUGUGAUUAAAUGAAACAUAAGAUAUUCGGAUGCAUAAGUGAAUAUUCUUAAUAA